ACGGACAAGCUUCGACAUCAUCCACGAUCGAACCCCCCCCCGACGCAAUCGCGAAACGAAGGAAGCGGCGCCCAUUCCCUUCGACACUGGUCAAUUGACACGCCCUACUCCCUCUCCGACAAGAACCCUUUCUACAAUCGACAAUGGUCGGCAGGAUCCUCUUCUGGAGUGGCUUCGGCUUCGCCGUCCGCUUCUGGCAGAUGGGCAUCGAGAUGCGCCCCUUCUUCAACAAGGAGUCCCUCUGGGCCUACCCGGCAUACAUGCUCGGCGGCGGUAGCUUCGGCUACUGGCUGCAGGGUGUCGAUGAGAAGCAGACGUCUAUUCUGAGCGAGCGCAAGUCGAUCCUGCUUGAGAAGCGCGCGAGGGCGGCGGCGCGCAAGGAGGAGGAGGCUGCCAAGGCAUAGACGACGGAUGCUUUCCAACACCCAGCUACGGCUGACGGAAGCUGUAAGUCAAAUAGAAAAGGAGAGAGGGGGCAGACAGAGAAACCAGCAUCAAGAAGGAAAAUUCGAGAAAGGAGGGGCGAUGGCGUUGCGUGUGGAAUCGGGUAUCCCGUCGUCAAACCAUCCGAGACAGAGGAUGGGACCACGCUGCGCGGUGCCCUUCAUGGCUGGCUGAGAUUGCCAAUUGGGGAAUCCCCUUCACUACAGGGAACAAAUUCCCUUUUGUACAUAUGGCGUUUAGAGAGUGGGCUGAAUCGACGCUGUGAAACUCGUUAAGCA